UAAACUUAUAGUAAGAAAACUGGAACAGAAUUAUCUUUCAUAAAAAAUAAUGGUGAGAAAACAAGAAAGAUAAGAAGCGGAUGAGAAUUGAGUGAGGAAAGCGAGUCUUCUUGGAAACAUUUUUCUUUCAUUUUCCGUUAGUGUUGUGGCUAUGGAGUCGGCAUUGAUAUUUCUGGGAACGGGAGUUUCGGGAACGGUUCCCUCCAUGAGGUGCCUCAUCGACCCUUCAGAUCCUCCAUGUCUCGUCUGCACUCAAUCUCUCUCCCUCCCACCUCACCUAAACCCUAACUACAGGUGCAAUACCUCUCUGUUAAUCGAUUAUUACUCUCAAAGCGACGCCACUCACAAAUAUAUAUUGAUCGACGCUGGCAAGACCUUCAGGGAGACUGUACUUAGGUGGUUUGUUUUCCAUCACAUUCCAAGAAUAGAUUCUAUUCUUUUGACUCAUGAACAUGCUGAUGCAGUCCUUGGAUUGGAUGAUAUACGAGCUGUGCAGCCGUUUAGUCCCACUAAUGAUAUUGAUCCCACCCCCAUUUACUUAACUCGGCAUUCAAUGGAUAGCAUGGAAAAGGUGUUUCCUUAUUUGGUUCAGAAAAAACACAAAGAAGGGCAAGAAAUACGAAGGGUAGCUCAGUGUUGCUGGAACAUAAUUGCUGAUGAUUGUAAUCUGCCAUUUUCUGCAUCAGGCUUAAAAUUUAUUCCUUUGCCAGUAAUGCAUGGAGAGGAUUAUAUCUGUUUGGGUUUCCUUUUUGGUGAGAAAGAUAGGGUGGCUUAUAUAUCUGAUGUUUCACGGAUUCCAGCUAGUACAGAGUAUGUCAUUUCAAAAAGUGGGGCUGGACAGUUGGAUCUUCUUAUAUUGGAUACACUGAAAAAGACUGGAUCGCAUAAUGUUCACUUUUGUCUUCCACAGGCUCUUGAAACUGUGAAGAGGUUAUGUCCAAAGCAAACCCUAUUGAUUGGAAUGACUCACGAGUUUGAUCACCACAAGGACAAUGAGUUUUUAAUGGACUGGUCCAGAAGGGAAGGACUAUUGGUGCAGCUUGCACACGAUGGAUUGAGAGUGCCCAUAAACUUAUAGUAAGGGUAAUGAGUGUGAGAAUAUUACCAUACUGUUGAUCUUGGUAAGGUUGGAGAACACUGAAAUAAUUUUUGAAGAUUAUCAUUUGAUCCUACAACAAUCUGAUGAAUCGAUAUUUUUACCCAAAAAUUAAGACAUUUUUAGUUCUAUAUAAGAGAAAGGAUGAUUUCCUGUUGUGAUGGAUUCCCUAUUUUUCUAAUUAAAUAUUUUGAAGUUCUAUACGAAGAAGUAAUCUACAACCCCGAUGCUGAAAACAAAUUAGACAGCAAUUCAAUAUAGUUGAGGAGAAAGGAAAAAACUCCAAUCUAGUUGGGGAGGUAUUUCCAUUUCAUUGUUAAUUUUUCUAAUGUCAUGUGAAGGUAAUGUGUGGAUAACUAUUUGCCAAACUCCGCAUUUUUAUUCGCCAUAAUAAGUGUAACGAGGAAGAAUGAUUUUGAUUUCAUUAAAAUUUUUUCAA